GGAGCUUUGACCUUUGAAUUCAAUUGCUUUUUGUCACUUCUGAAAAGUUCUCACCUUAAUAUAACUAUACAAAACAUAUUGUAGCAAGAAGUAAGAAUAACCAUGGCUACUGGCAGAAACAUUUAAAAAAUCCAGUCUUAGAUCGAUGAUUUCGAGCCAAUUGUAUUUUAUUAAUUGUUGACUAAUUGAUGGUGACAUCCUCAACUAGAUGAAAUUGAUAAAAACUAAGAAGGAUUACAUAACUUUAAUUAUCUUGAUUGGUUCAACCUUUUCAGCACACCUUCCAUUGUUUAAUCAUUUUCAUUGCUUUCAAAGCUAUGGAGGAAAGGAUUGUCAGAUAUGGUAGCUUACCAAUAAUUCUUAUGAUCUGUUUUUCCUCCCUGAACGGCACCACAUCUGAAGUUUACACUGUUGGUGAUGAGAACGGGUGGAACUCAGAGGUGGACUAUGUUUCCUGGUCACAGAAAUACAAUUUCAGCGUCGGCGACGUUCUAGAGUUUAAAUAUAAUAAGGGGCAACACAAUGCCUUUGAAGUGACAGAGGCUACAUACCGAUCAUGUGAUGCAAGCAGUGGAGUUCUAGCCAAGUAUGAGACCGGAGAUGAUCAAGUCAAGCUCACUGAAUCAAAGAAGUAUUGUUUCAUCUGCAAUGUAACUGGCCAUUGCCUUGGGGGAAUGAGGUUCGAAAUUGAUGUUAAAGCAGGAAACACCAGUAACAAUUUGGAGCCAACUCCAUCACCCAACUCUGGUAGUACUUAUGCCUUUGAGAGAUGGAGUUUGGGUCUCUACCUUUUUGCAUCUGCAGUUCUAUUCAAUUAGUUUUGUUGAUUGAAAA